CUGGCCUUUGAAACGUUCCCGGGAGCGCGCGCGCGCGCGCAGGGAAGCAGGAACUAGGCGGCGUUUGCAGGCUUUGGGUGCAGAGAGGAGGCUGCAAAAAGGAGUGGAGCAGCAGCAACAACAACAACAGUCUCCACCUCCAGGAUGGGACGGAAACGAAAAGCCCCCGAGGCCCAGAAUGGAGAGCCCAGCGCCUCAGGGGCUGAACUGGAGCUGCGCUGGGAAUGGGAGACUGGAGGCAACACAUGGCAGCAGUUUCCACCUGGGGAGAGCGAGGCUCUGAGCCAGGCGGCCAGGGCUGGGAAGCUGUCCGCAGACAUUGGAGAGUUCUGUGUCGAUUUGCGCAAGAUGGUGCGGCGGGAUAAACAGACCAGAGAGGAAACCCGUGUGGCUGCAGCUGUCCGGGAUCAGGAUUCCUACUUUGUCUGGCAAUGGCAAGGAGACCAAGAAGGCAGCUGGUUUGCAUAUCCUGCAGACACCUGCCUGGCUUUGCAGGCCGCCAGAAAUGGUCACAGGGAACCCACAGUGGAAGUGACAGUUGGCAGAACACAUUACAAGCUUGACACGACCCGCAUGAUGCAGAUAAACACCCGAACUGCGUUUGAGCGUCAAAUGGAACGUAGGGAGUCAGAUGCUGCAGAGGUUGAGGAAGAAGCUUCCCAGCAGAACAGCAGUGCCUUGAAUGCUGCAAGCCCUAUUCCUGCUAAGAAGGCUCGGAGCAAAGUGAAUGCUCCACCAUCUCAAGGCGAGGGGGAUAGCAGAGAAACUGUGAAGACACUGAUAGUGAAGGGAAAAGCCCCUGUGGAUCCAGAAUGCACAGCCAAGCUGGGGAAGGCUCAUGUUUAUUGUGAAGGGCAUGACGUUUACGAUGUGAUGUUAAAUCAGACGAAUGUCCAGUUCAACAACAACAAAUACUACCUCAUCCAGCUGUUGGAGGAUGACGGAGCACGGAACUACAGCGUUUGGAUGCGCUGGGGACGAGUUGGUAAGCCAGGUCAACACUCACUUGUGAGUUGUGCUGGGGACCUAGCGAAAGCCAAAGACAUCUUCACCAAAAAAUUCCUGGACAAAACUAAGAAUGAGUGGGCCAAGCGUUGCAACUUCCAGAAGGUUUCAGGGAAAUACGAUCUCCUUCACCUGGACUACGAGGCCAAUGAUGCAGGUGGAGAUGAAGCUGCUCCACAGAAAACCAGCUCGUGUCCCAAGCCAGUGUCACUGCUGGAGCCACGGGUGCAAGCCUUGGUGCAGCUGAUAUGUAACAUCCGUACCAUGGAGGAGAUGGUGAUGGAGAUGAAAUACGACACCAGGAAGGCUCCUUUAGGAAAGCUAACAGCUGAACAGAUCCGGGCAGGGUACCAGUCCCUGCAGAAGGUGGAGGCAUGCCUCAAACGGAAGCAGACUGGCCGGACUUUGCUGGAGGCUUGCAAUGAAUUCUACACCCGGAUUCCCCAUGAUUUUGGACUGAAAACUCCUCCACUGAUACACACAGAAGAUGAACUAAAAGAGAAACUACAGUUGCUGGAGGCCCUCAGCGAGAUCCGGAUCGGUAUCAAAGCAUUGCGGUCAGAGCAGCUGGAUCAAGAACACCCACUGGACCGGAGCUACCGUGGAUUGAAUUGUGAACUGCAGCCCUUGGAGAGGGAUAGUCCUGAUUUCCAGGUACUAGAGCGCUACCUGUCCUCCACCCAUGCCCCUACCCACAAAGAUUACACAAUGACUCUGAUGGAAGUUUUUGUGCUAAAGAAGGAGAGUGCCUGUUCUAACUCUGCCUUCCGUUCUGACCUACCCAACCGGAUGCUGCUUUGGCAUGGAUCUCGCUUGGGCAACUGGGCAGGGAUUCUGAGCCAGGGAUUGCGUGUGGCACCGCCAGAAGCACCUGUCACUGGCUACAUGUUUGGAAAAGGGAUCUAUUUCGCAGACAUGUCCUCUAAGAGUGCCAAUUACUGCUUUGCAACCCGUGAAAAAGACAUUGGCCUGCUGUUGCUUUCAGAGGUGGCUUUGGGUGAGUGCAAUGAACUGCUAGAGGCAAAUCCUGAAGCAGAGAAAUUAUUGGCUGGAAAACAUAGUACCAAAGGCCUUGGAAAGCUAGCCCCGUCUCCAGACAGCAGCAUCACACUGCAUGGUGCUGUGGUGCCCUUAGGACCUGCUAUAGAAACUGGAGUAUUGAACCCUCAUGGCUACACUCUGAACUAUAAUGAGUUCAUUGUCUAUGAUCCACGACAGGUGCGUAUGAAGUAUCUCCUCAAGGUGCACUUCAACUUUACCCAGCUCUGGUGAAACGCAAAAUGAACAGCUACUGCAAGUGUGUCAAAUGAACAUUGACACCUAUUUAAAAAACAUUUCAAGUGCCUUAAAGAUGAAAUUCAAUUCCUUCAAGACCGCAGUUGAGGAACGAUUUGUGAUAUUUAACUUAAACUGACAAGCUGACUCUUAAUGGAGCUGUGGUUAAUACUCGCUCACAGUGGUGGCCACUGUGUUGUGUUUACAGUGACAAGGCCUGGUGAACUUAACCAGUGAAGGUGCCCAGUCUCUCCAUUUUACUUGCUUCCAUUGGAACUAUAGUUGCCUUGGUAAAGAAAUGUAAAAUGGCUAACAUCACUAUUUUCCAAUAAAUGUGAAGUAAAUG